GUGGCAGGAACAGCUCUCUCUCAUACUAUCCUUGCAUUGGUUUUUGUUUAUGCCGUAAAACAUUGCCAGAUUAUGGAAAUUCAGCUCUGAAUAGAAAAUAGAGGACUUUGUUGAAGUACCAAAGUUAAUUUGAUAAACUGAGACCCUGCGUUGUGAAGAGACAUGGAGGCUGUUUUAGGACUGUUGGUGAUCUCAGCAGGAGUGUCUCAUGGCUUGGAGACUUCCUGUGAUGCUAGAGAAGAUGGAUCUCAGUGUUAUGGAGCUCUGGGAGGAACUGUSUAUCUCCAGCUGGUGACUGAUGCCAUGAGAUAUGAUGAACUCUCAUUUUGGAAAGGCUCAACUGGUGCUAAAACAGAGAUACUCAAAAGGAAGAAGGACAAAGUGGUAAUAAAAGACACCCCCAUUAAAGACAGAGUACACUUCUUUAUAAACAAUGGGACAUUUAGGUUAAAUAACACAAGAAGGAAUGAUUCUGGUGAAUACCUGCUAGAAACAUUUAAUUCAUCAGGGGUAGCACUAGGGACCAGGGGACUACAACUGUUCAUCGAAGCUCCAGUGUCCUGUCCUCAGCUGUCCUCUGAGUGUCUGUCCCAUGGAGAGAUGAGGGUGUCCUGCUCCUCUGAGGGGGAUGGUCCCCAGUACAGCUGGACUCUGGAUGGACAGACGCUGAGAGACACUAAGGCCUCUUCUGAUAACGAGACAAACACCAUCACUCUGAAGAAAGGCCUGUCAGGAAAUCUCACCUGUACCAUCAGAAACUACAUCAGCAGUGAUUCUAUCAGCAAGAUAAUCUCACCUUGUCCAGUUUAG